GUGCUCGAAGCUCAAGACUCCAAGCAGAAGCUCGGGCCAUUCUCCGGGCUCGAAACUCUUGGCGUCCCAAGGCACUGUACCCACACCUUUCACAGCUCUCUCUGAACUCAUUCAUCUCACGUCACGCCAUGAGAGGUGAUAUCUCCACAACAUCAUGAUGAAGACACAACUGAGGCCGCUUGGCCUCGUUUUAUGGUCUGGGAGUUUCAACACUGGCAGAGAGGGCGGACUCAAUACGUUGCGGCAGAUCUCGCGAUUCACUUCCGUCACCUCCUCGACCCCAUUCACACCAUCACCACCUUCACCACCAUCGGCUCGCGCGUCAUGUCGUCUUCAGUUCGGGAGUUUGAACAGGAUACUUUCAAGGCAGUGGAUCAGGAGGACAGCAUUUUCCACGGGCCCAGUACGGAGGUCGAACGGAGGGAAUUCGCAGAACCCUGUUGAGGGAAAUGAGGGCACACACGCCGCCGGAGGGAAGGCUGCCUAUCCUGAGCGGUUGAUCAUCUACCAUGCCGGCACAGGGAAAACCACCUUCUUGGCCUGCCUCAAACUAACCACCCUCUUCGUCUUUGGCUUUUUCGACAUGAUCAUGACACCCGCGUACAUCGCGGCGGGGGAGCCUUUCCUCAAAACAGCGGGCGGUAUGACCCCCUCUCCCUCCCUUUCUGCUUCAGUCCUCCCCUGCCUAUGCCUCCCACAUCCACUAAACAACCGGAACACUACAGUCGCCCUUUGCGGCCUGAUCCCCGCUGUCUACGUUGCCUGGAGCACGGGGCCCUUCGUGGCGGCCAUCCACAUGCAUCUGCCACCCUACGCGCGGUGGUCGCGCGCCAUCCUCGAGCGCUUCGCGCGUACGGCGCCGCUCAACACGCGCCUCGACAUCACCACCAUGACCCUGAUUGGCAAGCCCCGCGUCAGCUCCAUGACGCUGGGGGACCUGCGGCCCGAGAGCAGGCGGUUCGGCAUGGUCAACUACGUGCGCGACACGACGCUGGCGAACGCGCAGCGCAAAUGGUGGCGGUUCCGGGCCGUGGGGGAGUUCAAUGUGCAACCGCAGCAGGGGAGUGGCGGGGUGAAGACGGGGUGGGUGUGGAACGAGGUGAAGGAGGGGAUUGACAGGAGAGUUGCGGCGGCGGGCGAGAAGGGGAAGUGAUACCCCGCGUAUCUGUGGUGUGGAAUAUUCAGGCUCAGGUGGAUGAGACCUACUGUAUAUUAUGUAUUUGUAUGUUCACGGGAGUUCUGAUGGCGAUUGUGAA